GCCGCUUGGAGAUGACAGCCCCAGGUACCUGAUCUCCACACGCUCUACCGUACCUUAGGAAUCCAACAUGGCCUUCCCGUACAGUUCUCUCCCCUGGGGGUGUGGUGCGUUGAACAGAGAGCGCGGUCAUAGGUUCGGCCGAGAUCAUAUACCCACCAAGCCGCUUGGAAACCGUCAUACCAGGCCAUAUCAUAUCUUUACUUCUGACUGCCGCCCAUUGCUAGUUAGACGCCACAUCACUCGUGCCAGCCGCGCCAAGCCACCACUGGGCCAACAGCAGAUGUGACGAUAAGACCAGAUUCCAUCUGAGCAUUAUCAAAGAAGACCUCGCAGCCAUUAGCAAGUAAAAGAAGAAAGUAAGGAAACGAUAUCGAAGAAAGAAAAAGAACGAAAGUCAAAAAAGUACAUGCAACCUGCUUCUCCCAACGGGGGUCUGCCCGAGUAACCUUGUGGUCCACACGUAAUCGCAGCCUAGGAAUGAAACACGACACGUGCUUGAUCUUGUCCUGAAGGGUAUGUUCCCAGCGGGAAGUCUCAGCUUACACCGCAGAACAGUCUGAGCAUUUGAUGUGGUGGCUGCCGUUGGCGUGA